UAACUCUACAUGAGAAGUGCUUUUGCCUCGCCUUUUUUCCCUCCUAUCUUGGCUUUUGCAGCUCACGCUAGACAGGGGCAAGUUAAGCUCCAAAGUUGGGUGAAAAUUUGUCCUUAAUGCUUGACUUGCUCGAUAAAGUCCCCGCCUUUUGGCUUUUUUAGCGCGUCUCAAGUAUAAUCAUGAUUUACCCAUUUUGAUUUGGUGUGUGCCAUUGAUGGGUUUCUACUUUUUCUUGGAAUUCUUUUUGCUUUUUCUUCUCUAUUCUUCUUUGUUUGCCGGUGAUUAGUGGUUGGCCGUCACCUUUAGGUACAUGUAAGAUGAACAACACUCGAUUGAUUGGCCUUCACACGCACGUCAAUGGCCCUCAAAGUGGCUGAAGUUGUAACCGAAAGGCUACAGAGUUGACACUGCCAUUUCAACAGCCACUGCUUUCUAUUCAUCAAUCUGAAUGCCUAUUAAAGUGGCUUUGAAAGGCUUUUGUGUUGUAGGCUUUUUUCCUAUUUUUUUCUCUCCUUUGUUGUGCAGAUUUUCUUCAUGAUAUAGUUUUUGAUUGUGGUAUUACACCUUCUGGUUCAUCAUCUUAUUCUUUCUGAAUUUGGUUUAGCAGCAACCCGCCAAGAUGAGGAAAUCUCCAGUAUACCCUAAAUGUGAGGCAAGCGAUUAUGGUGCUACUGAAUUUGAUCCACAAAUGGACUUUCUUCAGUUCUUGGAUGAAGCCAGACAGCACAAAUGCGAACCAAAUGUAAGAGCUUCUUCACAAUAUUCUGUAGAAGUGGCAGGAAAGAGAAACCUGGGCGAAGAUAAAAGGAGCAAGAAGUCAUGGAAGAGCUCCCUGCUUUCAUGGUUGAGAACAGAGAAGAAGAGCAAGCCCCAAGCAGAACCUGCAAGUCAUCAUCACAACCAUAAACCGAGAAAAAUUGUUUCCGGUCCAAUCUUUGGGGCAAGUAAGGAAUCCGAUGCUUGGCUCCGGCGUCUGAAUUCGGGGUCGUUCUCCGGUCUUUUCAAUUCCACAAAAAGAGCGGAGAACGAAAUGCAAUACAUGUCUCUAGAAGAGUUGGACAAGCCUCACGGCGUUAAGAACUACGGACCUGUUUACUUGGUAACUUAGCACAUGAAAACCCUAGGGACAUUGGAACAGUAGGUCCUCAGUUUCUGCAACAAAGAAUAUGUUGACUCGCUGGAGUAUGAAGAUUGUUCAGAGGCAAAUGUCCCCGAGUGUUUAGCACUCAUGUAGUAGCCAUCGGUUGCAUAGUGCUAAUUUCAUGUGAAGAGCUCAAAAAUAGCUAUCGAUUGUGUUUGGUGGCAAUCCUGACUGUUUUUUCUGUAAUUUCCUAAAGUCAACAACAAUUUCCUGUGAGUCACUCUUGCUUCAGAUUAACGUCAAUAGAUUCAAGGCUACAUCAAGGGCAGGUUUUUUGUAAUAAUGAUGCAUGUCAGGAGCUCCAUUCUGUAAUGUGAAGUUCAACAAACUCUUUGAAGCCGAAAUUAUAAAUUUGAUCUCACAGUAAUAUACACUUUAUGCAGCAGUCUCUCGAGUUCUGAUA